CGUGACAUCUCUACGCAAACCAGAGGCCACAAGCAUUUCUGCAUCUUCCGGGCCUGCAAGUGUCACAAUUGUGCCCUCUUCUUGGAACACCGCAGGGUCUUGCCUGCUGUGAGUGCCUUGAAGGAGCAGCAGAGGGCAGCGCUAAAGAGGCACAAGGCUCAAAAAAUGAAAAGGAGUGUGGCAGCCCCUGCCAAAGCUCACAUCCCUGUCAAGAAUUUGGGCAUCAAAGAAGGAGUCCUCACUGGGAAGGUGGACAUCGUGCCUCAACCUGAGGCCCACCCCCACACAACCCCCGAGGAGGAGAGCUCCCAAGGGGCUCUGCUCCUCGGCCAGCCCCCAGAACCUCUGUCUCUGCCCUGCACUCCAGUGACCUUGGAGCAGCAACCGAUGGCUUCUCUUUCUAGGGAGCCCCACGGGUCCCCUGUCCUGUGCAGCAGGUGCUCAACUCUGAUCCUGCAGCCCAGUGCCACCCUUGACUCUCUUCUACUGCAGUCACAGGCCGCUACAGCCUCCGACCAGGCUUUGGCUUCUGCCUCCUCAGAGUGGCAGCAGAAGCUGGAGGCCGUCGAGGCUCUGCUGAGUCUGAGACACUCUUUUCAGACCCCUUCUGACUCCAUCUCCCUCCACCAGCCCUGUGACGCACCAGCUUCCGUUGAAGAAGCAGGACUCCAGCCUCCCAGGCGCUCUCCCAGACCCAGGCCUGACAGCUCCAUCUCACUGCCUAUUGGACAUCUGGGAUGCAUCUCCCUCUUGCACUAGGAGCCAAGAGAAGGAGGCCUCACUAAAGCACGGCCUACCCUGUUUCUGAAUGUGCGAAAUUGUUAAUGUGCAAAAUGCUUCACAUCUUUUUUUUUUUUUAAAGCCUUUAGGUGUUUUAUAAGCUUUCAGAUCCUUUUAAUUAUAUGGGGCAAUUCCUUGACUGAGCAUGGAUUUUCUUGUACCUCCAUCCCACCUUACUCCUUUGGAUGCUGGGGCCUUUCCAAUGACUCUUAUAAAAACAGGAUUGUGAUAUCUACAUUGA